AUGGAUCCAUCUCUAUUAAACGGGUCUUCGUACAUUCAGUACGGUAUGGGCAAUGUUCCAACGUCAGUUUACGCUGGUGCUCCAGUAACUCAAAUUAAUAGUAAUAAUAGCAACAAUACCAACAAUGCCAGCAAUAAUAAUAAUAAUAGCUCAUCACAAGAACACACGGGUGAUCCAUCGUCCUCUAAUUCUCCAACAGGUUCAGGAAAUAAUGUAAAUCAAGUGCUAACCAUCAGGCUGUUAAUGCAGGGAAAAGAAGUUGGUAGCAUUAUUGGCAAACGUGGUGAUCAAGUUAAGAGAAUUCGUGAAGAAUCUGGAGCGAAAAUUAAUAUUUCGGAUGGAUCAUGUCCUGAACGAAUAGUUACCAUUACUGGAACCUUGAACACAAUUAACAAAGCAUUCGAAAUGAUCUGCAACAAAUUUGAAGAAGAUAUGCUGGCUUUACCGAACUCCGUUCCCAAGCCACCCAUUACUAUGCGAUUGAUUGUGCCAGCCACCCAAUGUGGCUCUCUGAUUGGCAAAGGUGGAUCAAAGAUAAAAGAAAUUCGUGAGGGAACGGGUGCUUCUAUUCAAGUUGCUUCGGAGAUGUUACCUGGUUCAACUGAACGUGCUGUCACCAUAUCAGGAACAGCUGAUGCUAUCAUUCUAUGUAUUUACCAUGUUUGUCAAAUACUUCUUGAGGCACCACCCAAAGGAGCUACAUUACCAUUUCGUCCAAAGCCUACCUUCAAUCCCGUGCUGAUAGCUUCGUCUGCUGCUGCUGUAGCUGCUCAACAACAGCAACAGCUUGCAGCCUUAUUUCAGCCAACACUUCUGUCUCAAAACCCAUUGUCCAUCAACAUGAUUCCACCAGAGCUGGCAGCACGUGCCUUACAUCAACCAACGUCAUCAGCCGCAGCUGCAGCGGCUGCCGCCUAUGGAGCCACCUUCCUACCUCCCCCGGCUACUACCCUCAACCCCCAAGGUCACGCAGCUCUCGACUACAGCAUGCUAGCUGGAAAUGGAUUGAUCCUUCCUCUGAACCAUCAAGCACAACAUGGUCAACCCGGAGCGCAAUGGUCCGAAGAGAAACAUAUGGAGCUUAUGAGCCAUUACGCAGCUCUCAACAACAGUGUGUUGAUGGGAUCGCCUUUGCUCAAAGGGACAAGCCCACCAGGGUCUGGAGCCGCAACUCACAAGCCGACGGCAGGAAAUCGUUUUACGCCUUACUAA